UUAUCAUCGUGCGCUGGUCGAAGUUCUAUGAGCCGGCUCAGUUUUUAGGUUCUAUUGAUAUGCUUCUAAGGCGAAAGCUAACUGCAAUCUCAGCGAACUGAUUAGACGACGACACUUCACACUCGGACACAGACACAGAGAGAGAGAGACAGUCGGUCGGUAGUAUAUUAGCGACUUUGAAACCGUCCAAAUGUCACCUAUAACACGGAUUUUGGUGCUCCUCCUGGCCAUUGGAGGAGGCAUGGUCUAUAAGCAGAUUAAUCAAUUGUGGGGCGACUUGCCAGCCCCUAAAUUGGAUCUUGAAGAAUGGUGGGGUGAUGAGGCAGCACCAAAGGAUUACGAAGCCUAUGUGGCCAAUACAUCAGAAGUGAUUAACAAUCGUCUUAGCUACCCGGAGGCGACUAUCGAAGACUUGAUCAAACAACUGAAUCGCACUCUACGUUUGACUCCACCCUUGGAGGGUGUGGCCUUUGAAUAUGGCUUCAAUAGUGACUACUUGAAGGAACUGGUUAAAUAUUGGCGUGAUGAUUACCUGCCGCGUUGGCGAGAACGUGAAGUGUUCCUCUGGCAGUUCAAUCAGUUCACCACCGAUAUACAGGGACUACGCAUGCAUUUCCUUCACCUAAUGGUUUAUGAUCAAAACAAAGUGGGCAAGCAACACUAUCCGGUUUUAUUACUCCAUGGUUGGCCAGGUUCCGUGAGGGAAUUUUACGAUUUUAUACAUUUGCUGCAUCAAUCGAAUUUGGAUGAGAACAACAAGUAUAUAUUUAAUGUGAUUGUGCCCAGUAUGCCGGGUUAUGCCUGGUCGCAGGGCACUUCCCGUCCUGGAUUGGGACCGGCCCAGGUGGCCGUUGUGAUGCGUAAUCUUAUGUUGCGUCUGGGCUAUAAGAAAUUCUUUGUUCAAGGCGGAGAUUGGGGUUCUAUUGUUGGCUCCCAUUUGGCCACCUUGUUCCCUGAAAAUGUAUUGGGCUAUCACUCGAAUAUGUGCAAUAAUCUGAGUCCCAAGAGUCAGGUGAAGGGUCUAUUGGCCAGUUUCUGGCCUAGUUUAUAUGCUCCCAGUGGCUAUGAGGAUUUCUUCUUUCCCAAAUCUCGUGAAUUUAAUCAUUUGAUUGAGGAGAGCGGCUACUUCCAUUUGCAGGCCACCAAGCCCGAUACCAUAGGAGCUGCCCUCACCGAUAAUCCAGUGGGUCUGGCGGCCUAUAUUCUCGAAAAGUUCUCCACCUGGACGAAUCCUGGCUAUCGCUCGUUGGCCGAUGGUGGCAUCACGAAACGCUAUAAAUUGGAUGCUCUGCUGGAUAACUUAAUGAUUUAUUAUUUAACCAAUUCAAUAACCACCUCACAGCGUCUCUAUGCCGAGGCUUAUACCAAGGAGCAGCGGGAAUUGCGUUUGGAACGUGUUCCCACUUUAGUUCCGACAGGAUGUGCUCGUUUCAAGCAUGAUAUAAUGCAAUUCCUGGACGUACAAUUGGAAUAUAAAUACAAGAAUUUAAUUCAUAGCACAUACUACAAAAAUGGAGGACAUUUUGCUGCUCUCGAAGUGCCGCAGGUCCUCUACAAGGACUUUAUCGAAUUUGUUAAGAAAGUGGAACGUAAAUUUAAAAUUCCAACAUUGUAAAUAUUUUUAUUUCUUUAUGUGAAAAUAAACAAAAUAUUUGUGA